UUAUGGAGAAUAAAACCUUUACAGAUGCACUUCCUCUUACAAUGAAUUCUUCAGAAAAACAAGAGACUGUAUGUAUUUUUGGAACUGGUGAUUUUGGGAGAUCACUGGGAUUUAAAAUGCUCCAGUGUGGCUAUUCUGUUGUUUUUGGAAGUCGAAACUCCCAGAUGUCCAGCCUGCUGCCCCAUGGUGCAGAGGUCUUGAGUUAUUCAGAAGCAGCCAAGAAGUCUGAUAUCAUAAUCAUAGCAAUCCACAGAGAGCAUUAUAAUUUUCUCACCGAAUUAAUUGAGCUUAAUGGGAAAAUACUGGUAGAUGUCAGCAACAACCUCAAAAUCAAUCAGUAUCCAGAAUCUAAUGCGGAGUACCUUGCUCAGUUGGUGCCAAGAGCCCACGUGGUGAAAGCAUUUAAUACCAUCUCAGCCUGGGCUCUCCAGUCAGGAGCACUGGAUGCAAGUCGGCAGGUGUUUGUCUGUGGAAAUGACAGUGAAGCCAAGCAACGAGUGAUGGAUAUUGUUCGUACUCUUGGGCUUACUCCAUUGGAUCAAGGUUCACUCAUGGCAGCCAAUGAAAUUGAAAACUAUCCCUUGCAACUAUUUCCAAUGUGGAGGCUCCCCUUCUAUUUGUCUGCUGCACUCUGUGUAUUCUUCUUUUUCUACUGUGUUUUAAGAGAAGUAAUCUACCCUUAUGUUUAUGAGAAAAAGGAUAUUACAUUUCGUAUGGCUGUUUCCAUUCCAAAUCGUGUCUUUCCAAUAACAGCACUUAUACUGCUUGCUUUGGUUUACCUCCCUGGUGUUAUUGCUGCCAUUCUGCAGCUAUACCGAGGUACGAAAUAUCGUCGAUUCCCAGACUGGCUCGACCACUGGAUGCUUUGCAGAAAGCAGCUUGGCUUAGUAGCCCUGGGUUUUGCCUUCCUUCAUGUCCUCUACACACUUGUGAUUCCUAUUCGUUAUUAUGUACGAUGGAGGUUGAGAAACAUAAACAUUACCCAGGCAGCAUCCCAAAAGGAGAAUUCAUUCAGUACCACUUCAGCCUGGCUAAGUGAUUCAUAUUUGGCUUUGGGAAUCCUUGGAUUUUUUCUGUUUGUACUUUUGGGAAUUACCUCCUUGCCAUCAGUUAGCAACAUAGUCAACUGGAGAGAGUUUCGAUUUGUCCAGUCCAAACUGGGUUAUUUGACCCUGAUCUUGUGCACAGCCCACACCCUGGUGUAUGGCGGGAAAAGAUUCCUCAGCCCUUCAAUUCUCAGAUGGUUCCUUCCUUCAGCCUAUGUAUUAGCACUCAUCAUUCCUUGCAUCGUGCUGGUGAUCAAGUUUAUCCUAAUCAUGCCAUGCAUAGACAACAUCCUUACAAGGAUUCGCCAAGGUUGGGAAAGAAACUCAAAAUACUCAACAUUGAAUAAAAAAUCAGACGUCUAAAGCAAAGUUCAUUUUA